AUGGCACGCGGAGGAGGACGGCGGCGGCACCACAUCCCGGUCGUCGCUCUGACCCUAGCCAUCGGCGCUGAGGUGGGCACGCAACUUGUGGAGGCCAAGGAGGUCCGCCCGGCCACUGGGCAUAGGCGGCCUAUCGACGCGGAUGAAGCUGCCCGCCAGCAGGCUGAUUCUGCCGCGCGACUUCGGACAGAGGUGGCCUGGCGCCACGGACGAAUUGGCCUCGCAGCCAGCCAAUGGGAGCGCGUCGCUACGAGAGGAUCCAUGCAAUGGGCGCUCUGGAUCUGUUGGAUCUGUUGUGGGCAGACCAAAUCCAUCGUGGAUGUCGCAGAUCCACGCUAUGAGCUUUCUGAUGGACGACUGUCUGCUGUCUCAUUUUACAAAUUUUUGAGUGGAGGAAGCAAGCAUGGCUUGAGCAGCAGCAUGGACAUGGAGACCCUGUCAAAGAAAAUUGAGAAUGGUACUUGGUUAUAUUUGCCUGAAACCUUGACUAUUGAUUGUGAUUCAGAAUCAUUGUAUGAAUGUGCCUGGUGGCAUAUCAAAUGGAGUUAUAGUGCAGUUUGGAGGAUGGACAAUCGGGCUGUUCUUGCAGCAGAGCGGCUGCUUCUAGCUCAAGCUCUCAAGCGAACACCCCCAUAA